AUGCGUCUAAUACGACCACUAACGACUAUAUUUAGAAAAACUGUUCUGUCGAAUAAAAGCAUUCAGUUGCGACAUCCUUUUACCACUGCGCUUGUUUGGAGAGCCAUGGAAGACAAGGAGUCAAUAAAAAAAAGAUUAACGCCACUCCAAUAUCAUGUCACACAGGAAAGAGGAACUGAGAGACCUUAUACCGGUUGUUACAAUAAAUUUUAUGAGGAAGGCCUUUAUGUGUGUAUAGUUUGUAGACAGGAUUUAUUUACAUCAAAAUCAAAAUAUGAUUCUGGAUGUGGUUGGCCAGCAUUCAAUGAUGUUCUAGCUAAGGAAAAAGUAACAUUACACCAGGAUACCAGUGCCGUUGGGGCGAAUAUAUUACUGGUUUUAACACGACCAGGUAUGGUGCGAACUGAGGUGCGAUGCUCCAAGUGCUCAGCUCAUCUUGGACAUGUGUUCAAUGACGGGCCGGCCCCCACCAAGAAACGUUUUUGUAUUAAUUCGGCAUCUAUUGACUUCAUACCGGCGGAAGAGAGAAAUGAUUAG